GUUCCUACCACACUAUCGCAAACCUUGAUGCCUGUUUACGCCAUCAUACAAGUCUAUUCUGAGCAGUUCAAAUCAACACUUUCUAGUCAUUUCUCUGCCUGUUAUACGGGAUUGUGCCUGUCUUAAAACAAGCAUAGUCCAUUUGCAUUGCUUUUGAGAGCGAAUGGGCCUAAAAUUUUAACCCCCUCUUAAGUUUUAAGGGCAGCUAAUGCCCUCAAGUAAAAUGAAGUAAUGCAAUACUUCAACUGCCAAAACUUCAAGUUAUUGCCAAAAUUUAAGUUGGAAUCACUCUGCUAAAGGAUGCACUUGACUAUUCGCAAAAGAAAUUGCAGGAACUUGUUUGCGUACAAAUACCAGGCCAGAUGCAAAAUUCAUUUGAAAAUAUUUAUGUUUAUCAGUGAUAACUUAAUGACCAUGUGAUUUGUAGAUUCAAUCAUAGCGAGAAGUGAAGAAUUUUCAGGGGAGAAUGCCAUUUUGGGAAGAUGUCUCAAGAGAAUUCGGGAUUUAGUCAAUGCUUCGAAUUCAUUGUGUUUGCACGCGCGGCUGGUGCUCCCAUGUUACAAGAAGAUGCCAAUUUCACCCCUAUUCGACCAAUCACAUCCCAAAUGUGGCCUCGCGUAUACAAGUGGGGGUUUCUUCAUACCUGAGCAACGAAGCGACAACAGGUUCCAUGUGCUUCAGAAAUUCCAUUUUCCUUCCAAGGUUUCACGAGGACACAAGGCCACAACUUGCAGGACAAGUUUGCCAUUCCUUCCCAUGAUACAGAGAGAGGCAGGAAAUUGAAGAGACAAAAGUUCAAAGAAGAAAUGGAGCUGAGUACCUCACAACAGCCAGGACAGGAAAACGACAAAAACGACGAUGCUUUUGUGAAGGUUGAGCAAAGUGGUGUGAAAAGAAAACUGUUUCAAGAAGAUGGCACAGAAAACAACGAAGGCUUUCAGGAAUAUAGUGCUGCCGAUACGUGUGGUCAGAGUUCACAGAACUGGGAAAAAGAUGCCAAAGAGAAUGGCAAGCGGGAAAAUAAAAUCUUUGGCAAAGAAAAGAAAGGGGACAUGGCCAUUCUGUUGAUAAGCAGCUGCAAGAACGCUUGCCUAAUGCGUCUUAUUGAGGACCAAGCCAUGUUUUAUUGCGACAAUCCUGAAGUGAACCAUUGCUUUCCUGACACAGCAUGCCGAAUUGCUUCAGUGAAAACUUUCGUUCUCAUCAUUAUAGAUUUGAACGUUGAUUAUGUCGACAGCCUUCUCAAAAUAUCGCUAGCUAUAAGGUCCUCAGCUUAUGCGAACCAAGCGACUCCCAUUGUGGCUUUGAAGCAUGCAGUUUCGUACAAAAUUUCAGAGGAACUAUGGAAGAAAUAUGGUAUUUCUGAGAUUGUUUAUGGCCCUCUGUAUCAAUCGACCAUUGAGCGUAUUUGCGAAAGAUAUUUAAAUCAAGUUGCAAAACGAGAUCUACCAGGAGAGGAUAAGUGCCCGAAAAACUCGAACUUAACCAGUUCAGCAAAGCAAGAUGAUCUCAGAGCAUCGAUGUCUAAAACCAUAGAGGCAAAUGGCCCAAAAAGCAUAUGGAAUUCUGGCCGCAUUGGCAGUCCAAUACCAGCUUGCGAUUCAACGGACCAACUCACGCCAUAUUGUGAGUCAGGCAGCUCUGACGUCAAUAUACAGGUGCAACUGGAUGAAGAGACAAGAUAUGUUGAUGAAAAAUCCCCCUCAGUUCAAACGUGCAGCGCAUACUUAACAACUGGUCAAAAUUCCUACGCAACCAACUGCGUUGCGCCGUUGAGUGUUUCUGCGAACGGGCGCCAGGCAGCAUCAGACUGCCCAAUGAACAACAGCUACAGCACCAACCAAGCUGACACGAAUGGACCAAAAAGCAAUUCAGCUGGCUGGAAUGUGAUUCAGCAAAUCUUAGAUUUGCACCAGAAUGCACAGAAAGACAUAGAGCACAAGUCGAAAAGCACUACCCAAUCAGCGGAAACUUCUUCGGUACAAACAGUAAAACCUGUGAUGUCACAGCAAUCGAUAGGUAUCUAUCCACUGGUUUCCCAGAAUGCAUCAGUGAUACGCAGCUAUCCCGCACACUCCUUAUUUACAGCGCCUGCGUUGACGCAGAAUGCAGGGUACAUGAUCAAUGGCACUCCAGGCACCUCCAGUAUGAAGUUGUCACUCAUACCUGACGAAUAUACCAAGCAUAGCAACAAAGAGCGAGAGAGAAGGGAGCGAAUAAAAGACAGCUGCGAUGAGUUACGAAAAAUUUUGCCCAAGCAGUUGUUAUCAGGCAGAAGGCAGGACAUGGCAACUGUCCUGGAAAUGACAGUCUACUACCUAAAAGUAGUUCAAGAUCACAUUCCAGCAGUUAUACACCAACAACUUUAUCAAAACUUUGUCACUUACAAUGACUGGAAAACCCGAAGGAAGCGCAAAGGGCCAGAAAUUACUCCAGCCAUGCCAAGCAUGCUACAAACGAAAUAUCAAAGAAUGCCAGCAACCACAACGAUAACUACAGCUUCUAAUGGAUGUUACAACGGGAACUACACUAAUCCGUAUAUGUCCCAAAUGAUCCCAACCACAACAUAUCAGCAAUCAAAUUUUGGAUACUUUUCUUCGAUGUACCAUUCUCUUGUACCCAAUCCAUAUCACACGCCAGCCACACAGACGGUAUAUGGCUCAGCCUCACUUCCGUCUCUAGACCAUGUUAUGCACUUGAGAUCACAGUACUAUAACGAGGCAGUUCCCUCUCAAAACGGUAUCCCAUGCUACAUAGCAGUGACGUCAUCUUCACGUGAUAUUGGAAACAGCAGUCUGCAGAGGACAGAUGCAGGCAAAUCCCAAUUUAUCGGCUAAGCCUGAGAAAUUCAUAUAAAAAGAAAAACAUGUAUUUUAAUACUUGUGUUCUAGAAACAGAUUUUCAGUUGAAUUCGGGAAAUUUGAUGUGCUUUGCAGGAAGAAUUUAGCAAGCUUUAGACUAGUUGUGUUUUUGCAAGAAUAUUCUACUGUGUAUUUAUGAAGCCUUUUUAAUAAUUUCAACGGAAUAUACAGUUCCUGCAAAUCAGCUUUCUUUCUGAUUCAAUUUCUGUUCUUUACCGGCAUGGGUAUCUUGUUGCGGGGCGAA